UGUCGCUCGGGAAGCCUUGUCGAAGUGAUGUGGGUGACACAGUAAACGCAUCUCGCGGUUUCUUGUAAUACACACCGGGACCAAAGAUGAAUCGGGGCUUCAUCCGACCUCCCAAACCAAUCACAAUCACAGGAUCGAAGCAGUUCGAUGAACAGGGCGUCAUUCCCAUCACAGCUAAGCGAACUGGGGACAUCAACGAGCUGCGGAACAAAUGUGGCUACACACUUCCAAAUGUCAAUCAAAUAGCCGGAUGCAAGUUCAGCAGCAGAUUGCGCCCCACUCCGACGUUGCCGAAGGCGGAUUUUUGGCAUAAUUACGGCACAGCGCCACCUGCCGUUCGACAUCUCUUCACGGGCCGUCUUCCUCUGAAAUUCUUCACAGAUAUCUGUUAUGGAAGAUGCGACAGCACAUCGUUGCGCAAUUGCAUAACCGCCCAAAAAACCGCCCCUAAAACACAGAGAGAGAGAGAGCUGUGGGAACCAAAGCGGGAGGUACAGAGUGCGUGUCGAAGAAGCAGCAUCUCUAUACAGGAGGCUCGUCUACGUCACAAACAACGCAUGGAACAGAUUCAGGAGAGGGCGCACCAGCACCUCAAACAGGUAGAGGCUGUGCUUCUACGUCAUAUGGAGAUUGAGGACAGGGGGGCAAGCAUCUACUUUAAGAAGAUGGAGAGAGAAUCCAACAGAAUGAUGGAGAAAUGGAAGAAGAAGAAACCAGUGCAGGACAAGAGCCCUACCCCCCAUUAACACUGAUUUGCAUCAUCAAACGUUUUAUCCAAAACUGGAACGGUGAUUAGUUCGUGGGGAAACGAACCCGGAUUCUGAUGAAGAUUAAUAUUCGAACAUCGGAUAUAGGAUAUUUGUGAGAAGAUAUAUCUCAUUACGAUAAAAUAUAUAUCAUUGCGAGAAGAUAUAUUUUGAUUUUGUAUUCAAGUUUUUGUACAUGUUUGUAUUUUGUUUAAUGUGUUUCUUUUUUUACAUGUCGGCCGCCGAAAUGAAUAAGUAUUUCAAACAUCGAGAGAUUGUUUAAUUGUAUAUUCCUCUGUACACUCAGUAAAUACUUUAGGUAUUAUUUACAUAGUAAUCAAACAGGAUCGUGCAUCGAACGUCGUUUAUAUCGCCACACGUCAAUGGUCAGACUAAGUGUUUUUUUUUAUAUAACCGAUGUAACCAUGGACACCUAUCUCCAUAUAUUGACCCGUGAAGAUCCGGGGUAGAAUAGGUUUUCAGCAACCCACGUUUGCCGUAAAAGGCGACUAUGCUUGUCGUAAGAGGCGACUAACGGGAUCUGGUGGUCAGGCUCGCUGACUUGGAUGA